AUGAUUGAUAUUGAGGUGAAUAGCAGAAGAGUUAAAGUGCAUACAGGGCAAGGAACCUUUGAAUAUACUGAGUGGAAGAAUCUGAAGGUGGGGCAUAUAGUGAAGAUAAUGAAGGACGAAUUCUUUCCUGCAGACCUCCUACUGCUUUCUUCCAGUUACGAGGAUGCAUUCUGCUAUGUUGAGACCAUGAACUUGGAUGGGGAGACAAAUUUGAAGUUAAAACAAGGGUUGGAAGUAACUUCUUCUUUACAUGAGGACUUUCAAUUCAGUGAUUUUCAAGCAACAAUCAACUGUGAAGACCCAAAUGCAAAUUUAUAUUCAUUUGUUGGGAGCAUGGAGUAUAAAGAACAGCAGUAUCCCCUUUCUCCCCUGCAACUUCUUCUGAGAGACUCUAAACUUCGUAACACAGACUACAUAUUUGGAGCUGUCAUCUUCACUGAUCAUGACACAAAGGUCAUUCAGAAUUCCACUGAUGCUCCUUCAAAGAGAACCAAGGUUGAGAAGAAAAUGGAUAGGGUUGUCUACUUCAUGUUUUGUAUUGUGUUUCUAAUGGCAUUUGUUGGAUCGAUUUUCUUUGGCAUCACAACUAAAGAUGACUUGGACAAUGGAUUGAUGAAAAGGUGGUACCUAAGACCAGACGACUCUACAAUUUUCUUUGAUCCUAAAAGAGCACCAGCUGCUGCUAUAUUUCAUUUUUUACAGCCUUAA